ACGAUGGCUUCCUCAUCUGGCAACGAUGAUGAUCUCACGAUACCCAGAGCUGCUAUCAAUAAGAUGAUCAAAGAGACUCUCCCGAACGUCCGGGUGGCCAACGAUGCCCGGGAGCUGGUGGUGAACUGCUGCACUGAAUUCAUUCACCUUAUCUCUUCGGAAGCCAAUGAGAUUUGCAACAAAUCGGAGAAGAAGACCAUCUCACCGGAGCAUGUCAUCCAAGCACUAGAAAGUUUGGGCUUUGGUUCUUACAUCAGUGAAGUAAAAGAAGUUUUACAAGAAUGCAAGACAGUAGCACUAAAAAGAAGAAAAGCCAGUUCCCGUUUGGAAAACUUGGGCAUUCCUGAGGAAGAGUUAUUGAGACAGCAACAGGAAUUAUUUGCAAAAGAUCAGUUCGACAGUCUAGACAAACAUACACAAUGGGGAAUUGACUUUUUGGAAAGAUACGCCAAAUUUGUUAAAGAGAGAAUAGAAAUUGAACAGAACUAUGCGAAACAAUUAAGAAAUCUGGUUAAGAAGUACUGCCCCAAACGUUCCUCUAAAGAUGAAGAGCCAAGGUUUACUUCGUGUAUAGCCUUUUUUAACAUCCUUAAUGAGUUAAAUGACUAUGCAGGACAGCGAGAAGUAGUGGCAGAAGAAAUGGCACACAGAGUUUAUGGUGAAUUAAUGAGAUAUGCUCAUGAUCUGAAAAGUGAAAGAAAAAUGCAUCUUCAAGAGGGACGGAAAGCUCAACAGUAUCUUGACAUGUGCUGGAAACAGAUGGAUAAUAGUAAGAAGAAAUUUGAAAGAGAAUGUAGAGAGGCAGAAAAGGCCCAGCAGUGCUACGAAAGGCUGGAUAAUGAUGCCAAUGCAACAAAGGCGGAUGUCGAAAAGGCCAAGCAGCAGUUGAAUCUUCGCACACAUAUGGCUGAUGAAAAUAAAAAUGAAUAUGCUGCACAGUUACAAAACUUCAAUGGAGAACAACAUAAGCAUUUCUACAUAGUGAUUCCUCAGAUUUACAAGCAACUACAAGAAAUGGAUGAACGGAGGACUAUUAAACUCAGUGAGUGUUACCGAGGGUUUGCAGACUCAGAACGCAAAGUUAUUCCUAUAAUUUCAAAAUGCUUGGAAGGAAUGAUUCUUGCAGCAAAAUCGGUUGAUGAAAGAAGAGACUCUCAAAUGGUAGUAGACUCCUUCAAAUCAGGAUUUGAACCUCCAGGAGACUUUCCAUUUGAAGAUUACAGUCAGCAUAUUUAUAGAACCAUUUCUGAUGGGACUAUUAGUACAUCCAAACAGGAAAGUGGGAAGAUGGAUGCCAAAACCACAGUAGGAAAGGCCAAGGGCAAGUUGUGGCUCUUUGGAAAGAAGCCAAAGCCACAGUCCCCACCCUUAACCCCUACUAGUUUAUUCACAUCCAGUACUCCUAAUGGGUCCCAGUUUCUCACAUUCUCCAUUGAGCCUGUGCAUUAUUGUAUGAAUGAGAUAAAAACAGGGAAGCCCAGAAUUCCUUCUUUCAGAAGCCUCAAAAGAGGGUGGUCGGUGAAGAUGGGCCCUGCACUAGAAGAUUUCAGUCAUCUCCCACCAGAACAGAGACGUAAAAAACUACAGCAGCGUAUUGAUGAACUUAACAGAGAACUACAAAAAGAAUCAGACCAAAAGGAAGCACUCAACAAGAUGAAAGAUGUGUAUGAGAAAAAUCCACAAAUGGGGGAUCCAGGGAGUUUGCAACCUAAAUUAGCAGAAACGAUGAAUAACAUUGACCGCCUAAGAAUGGAAAUCCAUAAAAACGAGGCUUGGCUCUCUGAAGUUGAAGGUAAAACAGGUGUGAGAGGAGACAGAAGACAUAGCAGUGACAUAAAUCAUCUUGUAACACAAGGACGAGAAAGUCCUGAGGGAAGUUACACUGAUGAUGCAAACCAAGAAGUUCGUGGACCACCCCAGCAGCAUGGUCACCAUAAUGAAUUUGAUGAUGAAUUUGAAGAUGAUGAUCCUUUGCCUGCUAUUGGACACUGUAAAGCUAUCUAUCCUUUUGAUGGACAUAAUGAAGGUACUCUGGCAAUGAAAGAAGGUGAAGUUCUGUACAUUAUUGAGGAGGACAAAGGUGAUGGAUGGACAAGAGCUCGGAGACAGAAUGGUGAAGAAGGCUACGUUCCCACAUCCUACAUUGAUGUAACUCUAGAGAAAAACAGUAAAGGUGCAGUAACUUACAUCUAAACUAACCAGACAACUUUGUGACAUAUAUGGCCUAGAAGUGAUAAAAUGAAAGCACAUUCAACGGGUGGAAAAACACAAAAUAUAAAAGGCAUUCGAGAUUGAUUGUUCACUAUGUGAGCUGAGUGUAGUCCCGAUAUUAGAGAUGUGAGUGGUACCACAAACUGUUCUCAUGAUGUUUUACCAUUUGAAUGAUGUUGGUGUGAAACUUAAUUGAUGCCUUUUGCUUUAUGUUCUGCUUAAGUCUUUGUGAAGGAUUUGUGUUUUUCUGCCUUAUAAGUUAUAGAGUAUGUUCUAUUGGGCUGGAGUCCAUAGACAGUUACACACACACACACACACACACACCCCCACACACACCCCCACACACACCCACACACACACCCACACACACACCCACACACACACACACCCACCCCACUUUAGAAAACAGUGACUGUAGUGAAUAUAAAGGAUUAAAACAGCUCUGAAAUGCUCCAGGAAGCUGAUUUCUAAAAGAGUGGUUUGGUAUAGUCUGAAUUUGUAGCUACAACUUCCAGAAAGAAAAGCAAUAGUUUGCUAAUUGGACAAAAUAAGGAUAUAGUCAUUUUUGUUUUCCUCCUUAUUCUUUGGUUUCCCAGAGGAAGAAAACAAAUACCUGUUGCUUAAUCAAUUUUAGUAAUAGGCUAAUCAAGAGACCUGCAAAAUAAAUCAACCUGGCCUUGCUUUUUUAAUGUGAUUAAAACAGCUUUUAGUCCUUAAAAUAUUUUUCAAUUAAGUAAUUUUCAAUAAUGUAUAAGCAUUUCCCACAGAUUAGCCUAAUGCUUGUAUUUUUCAUCUUGAAGAUGUCUUUUGUAAAAUCUUCAGUGACUGUUAAGCAUUCAGGUGCUAAAUAAACUAAGAGGAAAUUUUGAAUUGAGUGAUGAUGCUAGAAAAAUUUCUUUGGAAGAGAAAAAUAAUUUAUUUAAUAAUUGGGCUGGGAGAAAAUAUAUUUACCACCACGUAGAGCAUUUCCUCAUUUUAAGCUGAAUGAUAAGUUAUUAGCAAAGUUUUUUUUUUUAAUGUCUUCAAUAACAUGUUUUUGGAAACAUACAGUCAAGGAUUGUACAGUGCAAGUCGCAUGGGGAAAUAAAGUAGCUCAUGUUUUGAAAUGUGCUAUUAUCUAUAGCUGAUUAUAAAAAUGAUUUUUGGAACAUGUGGGAUGUCUGAACAUCCCUUUUUGUCCUACCAAAGGUCUUCAGUAAUUGUUCUUUUCUUUUUCCUCCUGGACUACAGGUUCCUGAAGAGGGUUUCUGAGGAAAUGGGCAAGAUGUUGAAGGAGGUUACAUGCAGCUGAUUUUAGGGGGAGGGUAGUAAGAGUUGUCAGGAUCAAACAGAGAGUGAGAGAAGCAAGUUGCAUGAGUGCAUGCAGACAUGAUUAUUUUUUUUACUAACUUCAUUAGCAUUUCCAUACAUUGUUUUUAAAAAAUCAUCGUAAUACCAACCUUUAAAUUCUUUGUUCAAAAUUAUUCACAUGAAGGGGGAAAAUGCCAAAAAAAAAAAAAAAAAAAAGGCUAAACUUUUUCCCCCCAUUUAUUUUACUGGUAUCUGAAUCAAAGACUGCAGAGCUGUUAUUACAUUGUACUGUCCCAACAGCACUGUCUCCAUUCCCAGCUCUGUUUUGAUUGGCUUUUUAGACCCAUUAUCUGUUAGACUCCUUGCCAUUUGUCAGUGUCUGCCUGCGUGUGUCACCUCUGCUUGCUUAACAUCCUGUUGCAUGUCUAGAAUGGUUGGGUUAGAUUUUCAGGCAUGUCUUUAUAAUCCCUUGUUCUUGUCAAAGCUUUGUUUUGUUUUACAUUUGUAGUGCAAAUCACUUGUCAAACAUCUCCAGCACUAAUGUUUCCAUCUAGUAUUCCUAUAUGCUGCUAUAACUUCCCCCACUACAAAACAUUCCAAUUUUGGCAUUAUGAAGUAGGUUAUGAACCUGCAGUAUUUAUGAUAAGAAAAAGAAAACAUCUCUGCUCUAGCCUACAGCCCAGUUGAAAGAACUCUUUGAAACAUCUUCAGCACCUCAGUCUGGGAAGAAUCUAUAGUCAGCACUGAAAUCCUGGCAUAAUAAACACAGAAGAUACUCACCACCUCAAGACAAAGGACCGUUGUCAGAAGUCAGCUGCUUCCAUUCAAAUGCUGCCUUAAACUAGAGUGCCUAAAUCUGUUGAUUGCCAACACUACCACUACAGUAUCCCAUAAAGGGCUUUAUGUCAGCUCAGUGCGACCUCCUCUAACUUAACAGCAUUGCUGCAGCUGCUGAUGUAUCCUUGGUAGGUGACUUUUAGAGCUCUACCAUGUUUGAUGGUGCAUCUUCAAAUUUAUGCAUCAACCUAAGGACAUGUCUGAAUCCAUUUUACUUUACUCAGUGUUUUCAUGAGAAGUUUUAUGGAACCCCCAUUGUCUUCUAAUUUGGGGUUAUCCUGCUCUUGUCUGAUUCUUCAUUAAUAGUCUGUUUCCAAGUGAUGCUUUUAUUCAAACCAGAUUAAAUUUAGUGAAAGUCGGUUAUGAUCUCUGUGCACUUUUACUUGUAAAAUGGAAUUUUCUGUAUGUUUAUACUUGUAAAUAUUAUUGUCAUUAGUGCCCCUAUUGCUCGUAUUGUUGUGCCUCACACUUGUGAUUCUGUUAAUGACUCAUAUCUUAACUAAUUUCUUAGUGGUGUUUAAUAGUGGGGGUGGGGAGUAUUUGUACCAUGAAAGCUUCAUUAAUUUGGUUCUUUACUCUUUUUGAGGAAAGAAAGAGAACUUGAAGUGGUCUGUGUAUUAUUGGAUUUUAAGCAAUACUUUAGAAGCUGUAUGACUGCUUACGUAAUUUUUCCCAGUGUUAUUUGAAUCGUACUACCAGCUAUACUAAAGCUGAAUGACAAUUGUGUGAAAGCUUAUGCCUUUAUAAGAUCAAGUACACCCCUGUUACACAGCUGACAUGUAGUGAUUACCUUUGAAGUUAGUAAACUAUAAAGUUUAGAUUUUGAAUCUCGUUACAGGGUUAUUUAUAUAAUGUGACAUUAUUCAAUACUGACAGACUACAUAAAGUAGUUUUAAAAUCUAGUGCUAUUUUUAUUUUAAAGGUUAGCAUUCAAGAGGAAAUGUCAUCUGGUUGUAUUUGUCUUCUGUACAAGGCCUGAAGUGCUUGUGUUUUUUUGGCUAGUAGCCACAGAGGGCAAAGUUUAAGGUUUUCUUGUAAGGACUCACUGUUCUUUUCAAGCUACUGUUUGUUUUUCUAAAAGCAGGAUUUGCUCCCGUAGGAGGCAAGUUCCUUCAUGUGAAUAGUGCAGCCUGCAUAUGGGUUACUACAGUAGGAAAAUCAUUUGUACUUGCACAGUUUAAAUCAUUCUUCAAUUUUAAACAUUGAAUUGUUCAAAAGAAAUGUUUAAUUUUUCAGUAAUUUUUACUCUUUUGUGCACUGUUGAUUUCUUAAUGGUAAAUGCUUUGUUUAAGAUAGUAUUCUCUUUGAGAAUAUUUUCAUGGAAUAAAAAAAUCUUUUCAUGGUCAA